AUGGUAGAACAUCCAUCAGCACCCGGACCAUUACUUAUCGUAAUUUCAACCGACAAAGCCCCAGCACGAUUCUAUGGUCUGCCGAAAGUUUACAAAGAAAACAUACCACUUAGGCCAAUCUUCUCCCUUCGUGACACCCCCACAUGCGGUUUGGCAAAAUGGAUGUUUACGUAUCUGAAUUUCUUGGCAGAAGGCUCAACAACAACAGUAGCUUCUGUCAAACAGUUCCUCGAACGGAUAAAUCAUCUACAGUUGAAGCCAGAUGAACCAUUGGUAUCCUUCGAUGUGGUUUCACUCUUCACCUCUAUCCCACAGCAACUAGCGAUUGAUGUUGUGAGACAACUUCUAAACGAACGCUACGACGACAGUGACAAACCCCUGAAGUCUGAAAAUUUGCUCAAACUUCUACGACAUUGCCUUAAAACCUACUUCACAUUCAGUGGGCAAAUGUAUGAGCAAAUUAAAGGCGUUCGCAUUCUACCAGGCCUGAUUGCUGAAAUAGUCCUCCAGCGGAUAGAACACUUGGUCUUCGCCAAGUAUCGACCGAAGUUUUUGGAUCGUUAUGUCGAUGACACUUUCGUCACUGUCAAAAUAUCUGACAUCGAGCACCUCAAAAUCUAUUGA